AUGUUGGCCACGAGGCACCCUUUCCUCCUCACAGUCGAAGUCGUGGUUAGUGCGGCAGAUUUCUCAUCCGACCUGCUCAAUGCGCUGACAAACGAGUUCUACUCGCAGCUGCUGUUUCUGAUGUGCCUUGCCACAGCCAUUGGCGCAGGCACCGUCAUCGUACUCACGCACUAUGGCGUCGACAUUGCAGCCCACAUGAGCAGCACAUUCUUAUUUGUGGCAAUGCCCGCAUGGCGUCGGCUCGCAGAUCACGGCAUUCACCAGGUUUUCGAAGUGGCGGGCGACAGCUUCGAGAUGCACUUCGUGAACUACGUUACGGUGGCAUUGCUGACCUUCUCUCUCCCACUCAUUUGGCUCUUCUUUGCCCCGCUCGCAGCCCUGAGCCACGGCAUGGGCUUGUUCAUGCUCGGCAUGUUCUUGCAGAGCACGCGCCUCCUCCUCCUGAAGCCCACUGAGGACUGGUACCAAUCCGUGCUAGGGCGAACGCAGGAAGGCCCAUCUAGGGAGGCGACUCAGGGGGCCACUGAAGAUCAGUCUCCCGUGGACAAAGCAAAGUACCACCAGAUGAUGUGCACCGAAAUUGCCACGGAGGGGCUUCCCAGCGCGGCCGUGACGCUCAUCAACUACAACCUCAUGCGAAAUAAUGAUAUGACCGAACAAAUGAACUGGGUGGCCGCAGUGUCUUUGUUCUUCUCCGCCUACAUGGUGAUACGCAUCGGCUUCAAGUAUUCCUGGCACUUUGCGCACGGCACCGCAUGGUCCGACAUCCCGCUUCCCUUCGAUGAGAAGGCUCUAAGCUACAAGGAGUUGCAAGCUAAAGACCUCGGCAUGAAAGCGGGCGAAGCUGGCAUCGCAGUUGGAUCGACAACCGCACAG